AUGGCUGCUAUAAAUCCCUGCACUCACCUGCCUGGCCUCUUCAUAAUAAACCUUAAUUACUUCAAAUACGAAGUAAGGAAACAACAGAAGAAAAUGGGUUCAAGAAAGUACACACACCUUAUUGUUUUCGCAACCAUUUUGGUGUUGGAGAUGUGGGCUUGUUGUGAAGCCACAGCACGGUGGCGCUUAGGCGACGAUGACGAAAUGAUGAAGAGGUACGAGCAGUGGAUAGUUGAAUAUGGACGAGUGUAUGCAAACGAGACAGAGAAGGUAGCGCGGUUCAAUAUAUUCAAAGAGAAUGUGAAUUUUAUAGACUCGUUUAAUCGGGCUGGGAGCCAUACUUUUACCGUGGGGAUCAACGAGUUUGCAGAUUUAACCAACGACGAAUUUAAAUCUUCAAGAAUGGGAUACAAGAGCCCACCCUAUGUUGAGAGUACGCCAUUUAUGUACGAGAACGUGACGGAUGUUCCACCCGCCAUUGAUUGGGUAAAAAGGGGAGCAGUGACUGCCGUCAAAAAUCAAAGACAAUGUGGAUGUUGUUGGGCAUUUUCUGCUGUGGCUGCAAUAGAGGGAGUCAAACAGAUAAGAGCCGGAAUACUAUCUUCAUUAUCGGAGCAACAACUCUUAGACUGCGACAUCAUAAGCCUGGGCUGCCACGGCGGCUGGAUCGGCGCCGGAUUCCUCUACGUCCUCUUCAACGGCGGCAUAACCACCGAAUCCAAUUACCCAUACACCAUGAAAAUGGGCCACUGCCAAAAAGACAAGGCGUCCCAAGUCGAGGCCAAACUCAAGGGAUUUCAGUGGGUCCCCAGAUUCAAGGAGGCCGAGCUCAUGAAGGCGGUGGCCAAUCAGCCGGUGUCGGUGGCAAUCGACGCCACGGGAAUGGCUUUUCAGUUCUAUAAAGGCGGAGUGUACGGCAAGGAGUGUACGACGAAGGUGAACCACGCCGUGACGGUGGUGGGGUACGGGGAAUCGUCGGAGGGGAAGUUUUGGCUGAUAAAGAACUCGUGGGGAGAACAUUGGGGAGAGAAUGGAUACAUAAGGUUGAUGAAGGAUUCCGGUGAUGCCAAAGGGGCUUGUGGGAUUGCCACCAAACCUUCUUUUCCAGUUGCAUAG